AUGGACGAUUUAUUGACAUCCAGAGAUUCAAUACCUGAAGCCAUUUGUUUAGCCCAAGAUUUAAGGGAGUUACUACUGAGGGGAGGAUUUGUUCUGCAUAAAUGGAUGUCCAACAGGCAAGAAGUUCUCACUGCUGUGGACAGCACACACAAUAUGCCGAGCUUUGAUUUAGAUAGAGGAACAACGAUUUCCCAGAAAACCUUGGGUAUCCAGUGGAACCUUGAUGCUGAUGCCAUAACUUUUCAUUGCAAGCUUAAGCCAGUAUUGACCAAAAGGGGAAUGCUAAGCUCUAUGGCUUCUAUAUUUGACCCCUGCGGCUACAUUUCACCCUUUGUUGUUCAGGCGAAGAUACUUAUGCAAAAGAUGUGGGUCAAGAAACUUGAGUGGGAUGAUGAAUUACGACCAGAUUUAAUGGAUCAGUGGAAAGUUUGGCUGUCGGAAACUCAGAAUCUUCAGGAAUUACAGUUACCCAGACACCAUCCAGAAUUUACAUCCAAGUCCAGUGAUGUGCAGAUUCACACCUUUUGCGAUGCUUCAGAGAGUGCAUUCGGUGCAGUGUCAUACUUAAGAUACCAAGAUGACAGUAGAAAAAUCCAAUGUUCAUUCCUAGCUUCCAAGACUCGUGUAGCUCCAUUGAAAUCACUCUCCAUUCCCAGGUUGGAGCUACAAGGAGCAGUUCUAGCUUCACGUUUGUCCCAGACACUUGAAAAAGAGCUCAAGCUAAAUGUCACGCGCCAGGUCUAUUGGACAGACUCAGAAGUUGUAUUGAAGUACCUGCGUAAUGAGACAAAAAGAUUUAAGCCUUUUGUUGCCAAUCGCAUAGCUGAAAUUAUGGACAUCACAUCCAAAGAAGAUUGGCAUCACGUAUCUUCAGAAAACAACCCUGCUGAUAGAUGUUCAAGAGGGAUGAAAGCCUCAGCUCUGGUGUCAGAUCAGUUGUGGUAUAAAGGACCAACCUUUCUACAUAAUUCAGAAGGUGACUGGCCAUCUUUAAUUCAGCCAAUGGAAAUUGAGGAAGAGGACCCUGAGCUUAAGAAAACUUGCCUUACUAUUCACAACACCAUGACGAAGAUCAGCCCAUCAUCUACUGAUUAUGACUAUUCCAGUGUUGUUGAUCCAUCGACUUAUUCCUCACUGCAUCAGUUAUGUACGAAGACUGCAUGGAUCCAAAGAACAGUGAGAAAUUUUACGUCUGUCAUUCCGAGAUUCAAACAGAAAGCCUCGAGACAGAGCAGUUUAACUGCUGCGGAAUAUGCCGAUUCACUUCUAUAUUGGGUACGUAAAGCUCAGUAUAUUUUUUUCCCAACCGAGAUUGCGUGUUUGAAAGCCAAUCAGCCAAUUGACAAGAACAGCAAACUUUUGGCUUUAUCACCAUUCUAUGAUCACAGUAUUGACUGUUUGAGAGCUGGAGGAAGGAUAUCUCAUGCCAGCGUACCAGAUGAUGCCAAAUUUCAGUUGAUUUUACCUGCAGAGCAUGCGAUUACAAGCCUUAUUGCCACAGAAGUUCAUUGCCGCCUACACCAUGGUGGGCAGGAGCACAUGAUAGCAGAAUUGAGACAAAAGUAUUGA